CAGCGCGCUCGUCCAUGCUGAUUUUUUUUGGACGAGGCGUGAUGAUGGACCAAUCAUAUCUGGGCACGACAAAUUCCUCUAUCUUCCGGUGACGACCCUCUUUCUCUUCCGGAAGAUUCAGCGUGAUCGACGUUUCGUGUCUGUACAGACUUAAAAAUGCGUUACGCGUCCGCUUACCUCCUGGCUGUGCUCGGUGGCAACACCAGCCCCUCCUCCAAGGAUAUCAAGACCAUUUUGGGGAGUGUAGGAAUCGAGGCCGAAGAUGAGCGCCUAGACAAGGUUGUCAAUGAAUUGAAUGGAAAAGAUAUCAAUGAAGUCAUGAACUCUGGUCUCUCUAAAUUGGCCUCCGUGCCAGCAGGUGGUGCUGUGGUGGCUCCUGCUGCUGCUGGGUCUGCUGCAGCUGGAGUUUCUCCUACUGCUGCGGAAGAGAAAAAGGAGAAAGAGGAAUCUGAAGAGGGAUCUGAUGAUGACAUGGGAUUUGGACUCUUUGAUUAAGCUUCCUUCCGUUAGAGGUUGAAAAACCAAUAAUAAAAUGGAAAUGGUUAGAAGAAA